UGUGCGUGCUGCGGCGUGUGGCGUGUGGAGCGGCGGCGAUGCUGCCCAGGCUGAAGGCCCCUCGGUCAGCUGCUGUGUCCAGGCUUGGCUACAGUUCCUCACCCGCUCCCAAGUACACUCCCCGGAGGGCGGUGCUCUACGUACCUGGGAACGAUGAGAAGAAGAUAAAGAAGAUCCCGACCUUGAACGUAGACUGCGCGGUGCUGGACUGCGAGGAUGGGGUGGCUGCGAACAGAAAGAGUGAAGCUCGACUGAGAAUAGUAAAAACUCUUGAAGAGUUUGACCUGGGCCCAACAGAAAAGUGUGUGCGUAUCAACUCCGUGUCCAGCGGCCUGGCCGAGGAUGACCUGGAGGCCCUUCUGCAGUCUCGGGUCCUUCCUUCCAGCCUGAUGCUGCCCAAGGUGGAGACCCCUGAAGACAUCCAGUGGUUUUCAGACAAAUUUUCAUUCUACUUAAAAGGCCGAAAACUUGAACAACCAAUGAAUUUAAUCCCUUUUGUGGAAACUGCCACGGGUUUGCUCAAUUUUAAGGCAGUAUGUGAAGAAGCAGUGAAGACCGGACCUCCAGCAGGUCUUUUUCUAGAUGCAGUUGUUUUUGGAGGAGAAGACUUCCGAGCCAGCAUAGGUGCAACAAGUAGCAAAGGAGGUCAGGACAUCCUCUACGCCAGGCAGAAGAUCGUGGUGGUAGCGAAGGCCUUCGGCCUGCAGGCAGUCGACCUGGUGUACAUCGACUUCCGGGACGAAGAGGGCCUACUCAGGCAGUCGAGAGAAGGUGCCGCCAUGGGGUUCACUGGUAAGCAGGUGAUCCACCCAAACCAAAUUGCAGUGGUCCAGGCCCAGUUUACUCCUUCCCCUGAAAAAAUUAAGUGGGCUGAAGAACUGAUUGCUGCCUUUAAAGAACAUCAGCACUUAGGAAAGGGAGCCUUUACUUUCCAAGGGAGUAUGAUCGACAUGCCUUUACUGAAGCAAGCCCAGAACAUUGUUACGCUUGCCACAUCCAUCAAAGAAAAAUGAUCUGUUAAAUGAAGCUCUCAUCAGCAUGUGCUCUUAUAUUGAAGGCUAAAGGGUAUUGAAGCUGCGAAGGAUCAACUUGUGUUUGCCAGAGGACGCCAAGGAAAUUUGAAACACCAACAAUCAGAGAUUUUGUUUCUGCUCCUCAUUAAAUCAUGAGCUUUUGUGUUGAGA